GAAGACACAACCAAAAAAUGAGAGAAAUAAAACCAACGAACUACGAAGAUCAAAAUCAACUGGAGUGUCGGACCAGGAACCCCACCUACCUCUCUCUAAAAACGAACGCCAAUGAACAUUCAAAUCCCAUUUGAUUCUUAGCGCAGGUGUAUUUGGUGUGAAUUGUGAUAUGGGUGGUAUGAAGUUUUUUCCUGGGGGGGAAUUUUCUAUGUGGGUAUCGUAGAAUUUGAGUUUUUGUUGAUUGGUAAGUGAAUAAUUUGGGAAUCGAGGACAAGUUUGAUUUGAAACCGGGUUAGGAAAGAAUGACAAGUCAAGUUUGGAGAUGGGUUUUGGGUUUGAUAUACAUAGUUGCUGUUGCUUCUAUCUGGAUAGCUGCUAGCUUCGUGGUUCAGUCUGUUGUGGAUGCGGGGGUUUCGCCAUUUCUCAUCACCUACAUUUGCAAUUCAUUGUUUGUGGUUUACAUUCCCAUGGUUGAAAUUGGGCGCUUUUUGGAGGAUAAUUAUGGAGGUUUAUUGUUUUGGAAAAAAAAGAGAAGUAGCGUUUUGCAAGAUUUGGGAGAGUCAGAACAGGCUGUUCUCCUUGGGGAGAGUGAUUUAGGUGCAAAAGCUGGUGGUUCGACUCCAUCAGUGCUUGUGGAAGAGGGACAAAUUACCGAGCAUGGAGAAGGUAUCAAUUCUGCAGCAGAAUUUUUAUCACACACGCUUCAAAGGACUUUGCCAGAUCAGGAUAUAGCCAGUGGCAAUUUGGCUAAACAAGUUGAUGCAAAAGGGCGUUGGACACGCACUAGAGUGGCAAAAGCUAGCUUAUUGAUAUGCCCAUUUUGGUUUUUAGCGCAACUCACGUUUAAUUUCUCUUUGAAGUAUACUACAGUCACGUCAAAUACCAUCUUAAGCAGUGCAUCCAGCCUUUUUACGUUUUUGGUCUCUCUAGUAUUCUUGGGCGAGAAGUUUACUUGGUUGAAGCUCAUUAGUGUUCUUCUUUGUAUGGCUGGAACAGUAAUUGUCAGCUUAGGGGACUCUGAAACGGGCUUAACUGCAGCUUCGAACCCCCUUCUUGGAGACAUUCUUGCACUUGUCUCUUCAGCAUUGUAUGCUGUGUAUAUUACCCUUAUCCGUAAGAAGCUACCUGAUGAUGAUGGAAAAAGUGGACAUGUCAGUAUGGCACAGUUUCUCGGAUUUCUAGGGCUUUUCAACCUCGUCAUUUUCCUUCCUGUUGCCCUUAUACUUAACUUCACCAAGGUGGAACCUUUUGAUGUGCUUACCUGGGAGCAGGCUGGUCUAAUUGUUGGUAAAGGUCUGUUAGACAAUGUGCUGAGUGAUUAUUUAUGGGCCAAGGCCGUUCUUCUGACAACAACCACAGUAGCGACGGCUGGUCUUACAAUCCAGGUCCCAAUAGCGGCUGUAGUCGAUUCAAUAAUGGGCACUGCCCCUCACCUCAUGGAUUACCUUGGAGCUCUGGCCGUCAUGCUUGGGUUUGCUGGCAUCAACAUUCCUUCUGAUGCUUUUAGCAGAUCAAAAGAAGCCAGUGUUGAGUUAGAAAAUGAAAAUGUCAGUUCAUCUGCUGAUCAAGAUCACGCGUCAUCAAUCCAUCAAGCUGCAGCUACCAUUUCAUAGCACGUUGGUGCUUCUUCUGGUUGGUUUCUACACCAAUGAAGAUUCAAGGUGCAAAUAUAAGUAAUUUUGGUCAUUUUUUUUUUAUUAGGUUGAAACUAAAGAAUAAUGAGCAGUAAUUUUUUACAUGCCAUAAUAUUCUUUAAAAUUUAGUGUCAUGAUAAAGCUUCGGAAUGCUAUGAGCUCUUUUGUUUUGGCAUGAAAAUGUACGAAUGCAUGACUCUGCUGCCUCUGCCGCCUGCGCAUUGAAGUUCAAAAUACUGCCAAACUAGAGACACCCUUUGGGCCCUCUCCAUCGUCAAUGUAUAUUCCACAACAAGAAUAUUUAAUUUAAAUGAAAGAUGAAUGAUUGAGAUAAAGAUCAAAACC